AUGAGAAAUGACAUUGCUUUGGCCAACGGCCCCCUGUUCCUGACCGGAAAGCACGUCGACUACAACUACACCACCAUCUCCUCCGCCCCGUACGGCGAACACUGGUGCAAACUCCGUCGCAUCUUGGCGCUUGACGUCCUCUCAACGCGUCAUCUCAACUACUUCAUGGAAAUGCAAAGGGACGAGAUGAAGCUACUGGUGCAAAAGCUUACUCAUGAUUCUCAUAAGGGUUUCAAGAAGGUGGAGCUAAGAUCUAGGUUCUUUGAGCUGACGUUUAACAUGAUGAUGAGAAUGAUAUCUGGGAAGAGAUACUGGGGAGAUGAUAGUGAAGUUGGGGACUUGGAAGAAGCAAGGAAGUUUAGAGAGACGACGAAGGAGUUGUUGAUGCUAGGAGGGGCAAAUAAUCUUGGAGAUUUCUCGCCGACACCUAGAUGGUUUGAUUUGGACAACUUAGAGAAGAAGCUCAAGAGUAUUAGCCUCAGAUUCCAUAGAUUUUUGUAG